AUGUAUCGCAGGCUGCAUGCGGGGUCUUUGAUCGCAUGUGGUGUGUCGUGCCCUCGGCCUCUGGCGCCGCAGCGGCGGCUCUUCAACAUGAACCGCAGCGUCCAGACGCGGCUAGAAUCGGAGAACCAGGCGGUAUCGCAGAAGCGCACGGACUACGAUUUUGACAAGGAGCAGUGGUCCAAGCAGAUGCGCUUCGCAUCAAUGGACUGCAUUAUGGAUCCUGACAUAACUUCGAUUCGCUAUACGUCGGUAAUGGGCCUCAAGAAAGCAUUCCGACGCUUCAUGACGAUGCGUAAACUUGUCGAGCGCCGCCCGAACUUCAAGCCAGAGGAACUCAAAACGCUGUUUGUUCAGUUCAAGGUGAUUUCGCAUUCCCGCAACCCAGAAGACCUCAAAGUUUUGCAACGUAUUACGACUCAUGGAGAGGCGAGCCGCAUAUCUAAAGAGAUCCGAUCUGGAAUGAAUGAGGAAUUUGCAAAGAAGAGUUGGAGGUCCCUCAAGCUGCGCGAGGUCGCUAACACGUACCAGAUCGAGCUGGAUUCUUUCCAAUUAGUGAACUGCUACAUGGGGCAAAUGUCGCAAGAGGAUUGGCUUCAAAUUACAUAUAGGUGCGAAUACCGUGAACGAGCAGAUGUGGAGGCGGAAUGGCAGAGUAUGUGCGAGUAUCCUGUCUUUGAAGUUCGCUUGGGCGAUGGGGUGCGAUCUCCGAAUGCACAUCCGUUUAUCGUCGUGGGUGUCAUGAGGAAGGACGGCACACGAUAUGGGAAAGACUCACAGGACGCCGCCGCGCUGCGCAAGCAGUUUGAUCGUACCAGCAAGUGGUUUUAG